UCAUGCAGGUGGAAUUCACUCAGUCCAGCCUCGACCACAUCAGGAGGACGGACCGGUCAGUAUCAGCACAGCCCCUGUACAGACCGACCCUCCGAGCGUCACGUCAUUAUUAUUUACCCGAACACUCUGUCAUGCACCAUCGAGGAGUUAAACUGCGUGUAUAUGGAAUACAUUUUAACGGUUGAAUCAUCAAAUAUCCUCGCAUCAUGCUCAGGUGGUCUGUUUUUCCCACUGAAGGAGAUAUUACAGACCGCAUUUGGAAACAAGACUGUCUUAUCACUCUUUAGAAUAUCAAACAGGCCCUUUUUAAAAUCAUGGAGGAAAGCAAUACUAGUGAACCAGUGCCAGAUUUGAAGGAUCUGGAGGUGAAAGUGGGGAGGAAGACGCCGGAGGGACUCCUAAAGUGGAUGAGAGAGGACCACAAGAUAAUUUCUCAUCAUCAGACAGAGAGCAAUGAGACAGAGAAGAAGGGCCUGGAUGAGAAGAUCCGAAAACUUAAACUGGAGAUGGCUCAUUUACGAGCAGCUGACGUCAAGAUCUUGAACCAGUUGCUAGCCUUGCAUGAGGGCAUUGAGGCAGUCAAAUGGCUCCUGGAAGAGCGUGGAGCACUCACCAGCCGCUGCAGCAGUCUGACCAGCAGCCAGUACAGCUUAGGGGAUGGUCCUGACACCUCCUGGAAGGGCAGCUGGAGCAGCCUGCAAGAUCCCCAUGACAAGCUUGACAACAUUUCCAUUGGCAGCUACCUGGACACGUUAGCUGAUGACCUGGAUGAGUACUGCCCCUCCAGUGGGACUGAUUCCAUUCUCUGUGCUGCCCCUGUGGGGACAGAUGGCUCAAGAGUUAAUGGAGGAGGAAUAAGCAGUGCCACCGGAUCUGGAACCAGAUCUCCACAAGUCAAGUCUGAAGCUCCAAAGGAAGAAGCUCAGGUUUGGAAUAAAGCAGUGUCUGAUACAGGGAGGCUGCAACCUUCAGUCAACUAUGUCCCAAAUCAGGCAAAGCCCUGCAAGAUCAACGGAAUCAUGGACAAAGCAGUGAAGCAGAUAGUUGGCUCAGACUCACCCAGAGACUGUCUGGCUGAGAAGCUUGGGAAGACUCUUAGCCCUAAAGUGAAAACAUACAAGAAUGGCAAAGUUGAGCUGGAUACCUGCAAAAUGAAUGGCAAAGUUCAACUAGAGUAUGAUGCACACUGGCGCUGGGUGCAGUCACAGGAUGAUGUGACAUUUUUGUGAUAAUGUACAAGAUUAUGAAGCCAAAGGUGUUUAUCAGAGACUGUUCCGGUCCUCUAUUUACCACCUUGCAGACCUUGAUGUCUGAUUAGUUUACCUUCUCAAUAUAGAUCUUAAAAUGGUUAAAAGCUUGACCUGUGGGGGUCAAAAUUUAAAACCCCUGAAUUAAACGUGGUGUUUAUUUGUAUUUAUUUCAGUUUUAAAAUACCUUUUCCUCUCCCAGCUUAAUAUGCAGAGAUAACUCUAAGCAAUUUCUGGGUUGUUUCCCCCAAAAAGUGUAAACAUUGUGGCUCUGUGGUGCUAUUGAAACAUUACUCUGUUUGUUUGAGCAUCCUGACAAUGAAACAUUGUCUUAACCAAUGGCGUGAGUUCUAUCCAUUUUUUAGACCAGGUGUUCUAGAAACCGGUUUGAAAAAAUUCUUCAUUUUUGCUGUUCCGUUUAGUGAAACUAGUUGCACAGAAAAUGCACACUUCACCUUGGAAUUAUAUUAUACUCUAUGUCAGGUUGUGUAGAUGUUUAUGGAUGCAUGUUUCAAAUGUGCAUUUUACAUGCAAAUCGUAAUCUUUUCUGAAUUGGCAUCUAUUGAAAAAUGUCAUGAGCUAUUUAUUAACAAGUCUCUUCAUUAUUUCUGUACUUCACUGCAUAAGUCAGCUAGUUAUUUAUUUUAAAUUAUGUAAUUGCAAAUCUCUGAGCUUAUAUUGUUUUUUGUUUUUUUUUUCUAUUUUAAGACUGUCAGAAAAAAACAGUCCUCAGUAGUAAUCAGUCAUCAAAAACAAUUAGGUUAACAAAAAUAUAGAAAUUCAAGAUCAUGAAUCAUGUAUUCUUAAGGGCCGAUCAGACUGAACAUGUUCUUAUGUUUAAAAAAAGCCAGAUGCAGUGCAAUAAAUGGAACAGAAUACAGGUGCCUUGAGACAUGUUUUUAAAAGUUCCUUCAACUUGACACGGCAUCUUAAAAACACAGCAUUUGGGCGCAAAACACUGGAAAAACAGUCGUGGAGCAACGGACACAAUAAAGCAUUCUGUGUGAACGGACCCUUAGGCCACAUCCACACAAAUACGUUUUCGUUUGAAAACGUAUGUUUUCUCUAAGUUUUAGCCUCCCGUCCACACUGAGACAGCGUUUUUGACAGUGAAAACAAGGUUUUUCGAAAACGCUCUGCCAAGAGAAUACAUUUUAAAAUCCUGUCUUAGCGCUGAAGUGUGAACAGGGAAAACUGAGAUAUCUUAAAAAGAUGACGUAUGUUUUAUCAUUUGACGCAGUCAUGUGAUCCAUUCAACCCAAAAAAAUCAAGAUGGCUGCUCAUGUUGUAGCAGUGUUGUUGUGCCUGCUAUCCACUUUGAUAGCAUUGUUAAAGAUAAAUGGUAUUUGUACAACAUGGCAUUCCUUCAAAGAUGACAAGAAGUUUACUCGGAAUUGCUGUCCGGAUAUGUAACACUAGGAUAAUUGCGUUUCAGGCCAUACAUGGAAUGGCAAUUUUUUGCCUGUGCAUUAAGGGGAUUUAAGAGUUUUCAUACAUUUCAGUGUGUAUGUGCAACUUUUGGAAAAUACUUGAGAACGGCAGCGUGGACGGAGAGCGUUUUCCGUUUUCAGAUGUAUCCGGAUUACAUUGUGCAUAUGUCUACAAAAUGCUCACAGUUGAAAAGAGCAUUGACCUUUUCAUUGAUAUUUCAGAGUGGACCAAAGUUUGUUUAGCUAAAACAAUCCAAGAGUUGGAAACCACAGAAACUUAUUUUUUAACUAAAUCACAGUGAAUAGAUUUUUUUCUUUUUUUUGCUAUGGCUGAUCAUUUAGUCUGACCUUUCUGGCGAUUACAAUAAUAGAAAAUGAAGUGUAACAUUUGCUCUUACUCAAACAGGAGGGAAUGUUUAAAUCGUACUCCAUUUUACUACCAAAGUCUUAAGUCUCCCCAGAGUGUGCUUCUUUGAGUUAACAAGUAAAUGUCAAAACACAAAUGCAUUCUGAAUACCAAGCAUGUUCACAUCUGUUACAAUGUGACCCUUUUACAAGAGGCAGAGUGCAGAAUCAGCAACACCCUUGAGUUGCCUUUGACAAUUAAUUAUACAAUCAGAAUGUCUUUCAUUUAUAUAAUGUUUAUUUGAAAACUGCUUGUAGGUUACUAUUUGUCUGUCAGAAUGCUCUUGUAAUCAAUGAGUAACAAAGCUGUAUAUUUGUAUGCAAAUCUUUUAAUCAGGUAAACAACUGUAGGUUAGCUUAGAGUACCAAUUUUGGGUCCAGUUUUGGGGUACUUAUUUUUACUAGUUCUGUUGAUCGAAGAAUCAACAUUGAACAUUGUGAACAAUGAUGUCAAAUAUUGUUAAUUCUGCUGCACGGUUCUAACUAAGUAAUUAUGUUCACAACACAGAUGCAUGGAAACCAAUGGUUAUGCUGUGGUCUGUGCAUUUGUUGGAUGCCAUUUCCUUGCAAUGUAGAGAUAUGUGAGAUGUACCUUUAGCACUUAAAGUGCACUUGUAAUUUAAAGCUGAGAGACAGCUAAAUCCUAUCAAUUAAUCAAAUUCUAUAAGUGGUGUAACUGUUUGCCUUGUCUCGGUGUUAGCACUGGAUAUAAUCCUGCAUUGCCUGUUUUGUAUGCCAAGAGAACUGCAUUGUUGUAAUAUAUUUUUGUCUAAUUGAAGAAAUGAGCUACAAUACUAUCAGUCUUAACAUUUAGUGUUAUGUAAUAAAACAUGGUACUUGACAAAAUGGUGGAUUUUGUUUCUAAACGUGAAACCUGUGUAUUCAGUUUGUAUU